AUGUCCAUCCUACGACACGACUCUCACCCGAUAGCGGAGGACGCCCAAGGUGCCUAUUUGACUUUUGACACCGCGUCCCGCGGAACGAUUGUCCUCACUUGGUCCAAAAAGGCAGUUUCCGAUGCGUUGAUCUACUUUCAUCCACGAAAGCCAGUUCCCGCUUUCAAGUACACGGCGAACGGAGGUCGGAUGCAACUGGCGACGAACGUCCAGCUGGAUCCUACGAGAUAUUUCCAGGGAAUUUGUGCAUUCCUCAAAACCCUCAAACAAUUUGAUGGCGAGCUGACCGUGAUCAGCCAGAACCGAGGACCGAAGCCAAUCGCCGUCGUUCUUCAUAUAGUCGGCACGAAUGCCGUCGUCAAAUGCGAGAGAGGCGUGGCGUACGAUUUGACCGACGUCGAUGUCGUCGGUGUUAUCCCUGUGGACUGCGUGGAAUUCGACUGCAAAACGCUGUCGCCAUCCUUAUUCCGCGAAAAAGCUGAGCGGGUAGGAGCAGCGCUGACGGUCAUGUGA